AGCUGUUAGAGCUUGUGCUAUUUUGGGCUCCAGGCACGCGGGCUCGUUAAUUCACACCACAUGAGGGCGAAGCACUUCUAUAGCAGCGUUCCCAUGUAGUAGUUCAACACGUUCACUUUCGACGACGUGACGCGAGGAGCCCUGAGCUGUAGCCUGGGCGAGCUCUCGGUUUGACUCGUCUGCAAAAACCAAACGACAUCUUGCUUUUGAUCGCCUAAAGUUGCAUAAGUGGCAGCGCGCGCGCCAAGAACCGGAGCACAAAUGGGAGACAGCGAGUUUUCCGAGCCGAUGGAAGAGUCUCAAGCCGACAACGGAACGGACAAAAUUGACAUGUCACUCGACGAGAUCAUCAAGCUGAAUAAAAAAGAGCAGAAAGCAAACAGAGCUGCGAACAGGGCAAGAAGCAGGCGUGUUACAAACAGGAAUAAUGUACUGAAGAAGCUUAACCAGACACCACAGGCACGAAGAGGCCUCAGACGCGGUUCACUGCAGUAUCAGGGGCCAAUCAGGUCACGUGGUCUGAACAGGAGCAGAGGUUUGGGCAGACAGAGCGGCCUGAGUCCUCUUAACAGAGCUAAUACUAAGACAGGAGAGCAGCAAGGUCAAAGCACAGACACAGUGAGAGGCUCGUUCCGUGGGCGAGGAAGAGGGAGAGGGAGAGGAAGAGGACGAGGAGGAUUGAGCAGGGGAGCUUUGUCAGUGAGAGGUCAGCGAGUUCCCCAGAGAGGUGGAAGACCAUUUGCAUUAGACAGAGGGUUCACUGCUAUGAGAGGCACUGGCAAAUUGGAAAGAUAUCAGAAAAUAAGAAGUCAGGGAACUACAUCUACUCCUGGGACAACGUUAACAGUGUCACUGCCCAAUGCAAAAUCACCACCUGUGACUCAAGCGAGGCCUCAGCGGGGUGGUACAGUGUUGAGGGGCAGGUCAUCUGAGGCAGUGAGCAGCAGGCCAACACCCAAAGGCAUCCCUCUGCACUUCAAUUACAAAGCAACCACCAACCAGACUCAGCUGUCCCUGAAUGAGCGCUUCACUAGUUUGAGGAUGAGAGGGCGAGGCCCAAGAUUAAACAGAGAAAGUGGGAGGGGUCGAGGGCGGGGACGAGGAAGAGGAGAGAUUAGUGGAGGAAGAGGUGGAGGAAGGGGUGUGAUAAAAGAAGGCCCAGCUAUGACAAGAGGAGGAAGAGGAAGAGGAAGAGGUGGAGGGAGAGGGAGAGGAUCAGGCCGAACCGUCUUUCUCCAGUGAUUCCAGUUGCAUGACCUGAAUGCAGUAAUAUUUCAAUCACACUACAGAUAGGGAAGGAAGGAACCCUAAGUAGGGCAUGUGUGUCUUUACAAUCGCAGGCUGGUGGAUUGCUCUAUUUUUUUACCAUGAGAUUGGAGAAGUUGUUUUAUAACCGACAAGCCACAGUGUUAAAAGUUGACACUAAUGUAAUUUUAAGCCCUGAUUUUUAAAGCUUGUAUAUGGGCUCACAUUUGAAUGUUCUUAGAUUUGGACAUCACACCAAGCCUCAAAAUUCAAAGUGCCUUAACACUUACUGUAAAUAAAUUUUUGUUUACAAGGUUUAUAUUUGGGUGUUACCAAUCUUACAAAAGUGUUAUAUAUACAAAAUAAAAAAUUUAUAAAAAACUAAU